AUGAGUGAUAAUCAAAAGAAAACAACUACAUCACUGUCAUCAUUUGAUAGUUUGAAGGCAAGUCUAUCGGGAUUGGCUGUAGGAACAUUAUUUGGCUAUGCAUUACAGAGAAGUAAGGUAUUCUUACCUAUUGUCAUUCAACAACAAAUGCAAUUUACCAAUUUCACAAUGUUAAAGAUGUUUAUGACAGCAAGUUUAACAAGUUCAUUGACGAUUACAGCAUUGAAUAAAGCAAAAUUGAUAAAGUUUGAAUAUCUACCAGUGAUGUGGCAUAGAAAUCUAUUGGGUGGUUUGUUGAUGGGUGCUGGUAUUUAUGUGACUGGAGCAUGUCCGGGUACAGUACUUGCCCAAGUUGGAAGUGGUGUGACAAGUGCCUAUUAUACAUUGUUGGGUGGUCUAUUGGGUGCCGUUCUCUAUGGAUACGCUGAUCCAUACGUCACCAAGUUGAUGCCUGCCUCUCCACCAACCGUCAAACCAACACUCUUUCAACGUCUAAACACCAGUAUGGAAAAGACAACCAUUCCAUUUGCUUUGAUGGCAGGUGCCAUGUUGUAUGGUAUUGAAUCUUUGAUUCCAUGGCAAGCAGAUAGUAAUGUUAGUUUAUCCAUCUCGGCCAUUCAGUCCCUUUCAACUAGUGUCUGGUCACCAUACGUUGCAGGUGUCUUGAUUGGACUAUUGCAAGCACCAUCAUACUUUUUGGCCAAUAAUGGGUUAGGAUGUAGUUCUGCCUAUGUCACUAUGAGUGCCAAGGUAUGUGAUGCCUUUAACUGUGGUGUUUCCUAUUUCAACAAAUUCGCCAAUGGAGUACGUAGUGUCUAUGGACCAAUGCUCAACAUCGGUAUUAUUCUUGGAGCCUAUCUUUCGUCACAAACCUCACCAGUUCCAGAUAGCCAAAAAUUACUUUCCCAUUCUCCACUUUUCCAUAUUGGUGCUGGUGCACUCUUGCUCUUUGGUGCACGAAUGGCAAAUGGUUGCACGAGUGGCCACGGCUUGACAGGAAUGGCCAAAAUGGAAUUGGGUAGUAUCAUCACUGUCGCUGCUUUGUUUGGUGGUGGUAUGUUGACGGCUGCUUUAACAAAUCUCUAA